AUGGGAUCCCGCCUUCGCCAGGAGGACUUUCCACCGCGAAUUGUUGAACAUCCUUCGGAUGUGAUAGUUUCUAAAGGAGAGCCGACAACGCUGAACUGUAAAGCUGAGGGACGGCCAACACCCACCAUCGAGUGGUACAAGGAUGGUGAGCGAGUGGAGACUGACAAAGAUGAUCCGCGCUCCCACCGCAUGCUGCUGCCCAGCGGAUCUCUGUUUUUCUUGCGCAUUGUGCAUGGACGCAGGAGUAAACCUGAUGAAGGAAGUUACGUUUGCGUAGCAAGGAACUAUCUUGGAGAAGCUGUGAGUCGCAAUGCAUCUCUGGAAGUGGCAUUGCUACGAGAUGACUUCCGCCAAAACCCUACAGAUGUUGUGGUGGCAGCUGGAGAGCCUGCCAUUCUUGAAUGCCAGCCACCUCGCGGACAUCCUGAGCCUACCAUCUACUGGAAGAAAGAUAAAGUCCGCAUUGAUGAUAAGGAAGAGCGAAUCAGUAUACGUGGUGGAAAGCUGAUGAUCUCCAAUACAAGAAAAAGUGACGCUGGCAUGUACACUUGUGUUGGGACCAACAUGGUGGGGGAGCGAGACAGCGAUCCAGCAGAACUGACUGUCUUUGAGCGGCCCACGUUCCUCCGGAGACCCAUUAACCAGGUGGUGCUGGAGGAGGAGGCAGUGGAGUUCCGGUGCCAGGUGCAGGGCGACCCCCAGCCCACCGUCCGGUGGAAGAAAGAUGACGCAGAUUUACCAAGAGGAAGGUAUGACAUCAAAGAUGACUAUACUUUGCGGAUUAAGAAGGCCAUGAGCACAGAUGAGGGAACCUACACGUGCAUUGCUGAGAAUCGAGUUGGGAAAGUAGAAGCCUCUGCUACCCUCACUGUUCGAGCUCGCCCCGUUGCUCCCCCACAGUUUGUGGUGAGACCACGAGACCAGAUUGUAGCCCAGGGCCGAACGGUGACUUUUCCUUGUGAAACUAAAGGAAAUCCCCAGCCAGCUGUUUUUUGGCAAAAAGAAGGAAGCCAGAAUCUACUGUUUCCAAACCAGCCUCUCCAGCCCAACAGUAGAUACUCAGUAUCGCCAACAGGAGACCUCACUAUUUCCAACAUUCAGCGGUCUGAUGCAGGCUACUACAUUUGUCAAGCACUGACAGUUGCUGGAAGCAUUUUAGCAAAGGCUCAGCUGGAGGUUACUGACGUUUUGACAGAUAGACCUCCACCCAUCAUCCUCCAGGGGCCCGUCAAUCAGACGCUGGCCGUGGAUGGGACAGCUUUGCUGAAGUGCAAGGCUACCGGCGACCCGCUUCCUGUUAUUAGCUGGUUAAAAGAAGGAUUCACCUUCCUGGGCAGAGAUCCUAGAACAUCCAUACAGGAUCAGGGGACCCUUCACAUUAAAACUCUGCGGCUGUCUGAUACCGGAACUUACACUUGUGUUGCCACCAGUUCAAGCGGGGAGACAUCGUGGAGUGCUGUGCUAGAGGUGACAGAGUCUGGUGGAGCAACUGUCAGCAAAAAUUAUGAUAUAAAUGACCUCCCUGGGCCUCCAUCCAAACCUCAGGUCACUGAUGUUACUAAGAACAGUGUCACCCUGUCCUGGCAGCCUGGCACCCCUGGAAGCCUACCAGCUAGUGCUUAUAUCAUUGAGGCCUUUAGUCAGUCUGUGAGCAAUAGUUGGCAAACAGUGGCUAACCACGUCAAGACCACCCUGUACACUGUGAGAGGACUGCGCCCCAACACCAUUUACCUGUUCAUGGUGAGAGCUAUCAAUUCACAAGGCCUGAGUGAUCCCAGCCCUAUGUCAGAUCCUGUCCGAACACAAGAUAUCAGCCCACCAGCACAAGGUGUGGAUCACAGACAAGUCCAAAAGGAACUGGGAGAUGUCAUUGUACGACUGCAUAAUCCUGUUGUGCUGACACCCACAACAGUUCAAGUCACCUGGACAGUCGAUCGACAGUCCCAGUUUAUUCAGGGCUAUCGAGUAAUGUAUCGCCAAACAUCUGGCCUACCUUCUCCAGCUAUAUGGCAGAAUUUGGAGGUCAAAGUCCCAACUGAGCGCAGUGCUGUCUUAGUCAACUUGAAAAAAGGGGUCACUUAUGAAAUUAAAGUUCGCCCUUAUUUCAACGAAUUCCAAGGAAUGGACAGUGAAUCAAAGUCUGCCCGUACCACUGAGGAAGCUCCAAGUGCCCCUCCUCAGUCUGUUACUGUCCUGACAGUUGGAAAUCACAACAGCACAAGCAUCAGCAUCUCAUGGGAUCCUCCACCUCCAGAUCACCAGAACGGAGUCAUUCAGGAGUAUAAGAUCUGGUGCCUAGGUAAUGAGACUCGAUUUCAUAUCAACAAAACAGUAGAUGCAGCCAUUCGCUCUGUAGUAAUAGGUGGCCUAUAUCCAGGUAUUCAAUACCGUGUGGAAGUUGCUGCAAGCACCAGUGCAGGUGUGGGAGUAAAAAGUGAGCCACAACCCAUAAUAAUUGGAGCUCGUAAUGAAGUUGUCAUCACCGAAAAUAACAACAGCAUAACUGAGCAAAUCACUGAUGUUGUCAAACAGCCUGCCUUUAUAGCUGGCAUCGGUGGUGCAUGUUGGGUAAUUCUGAUGGGUUUCAGCAUCUGGCUGUACUGGCGCAGAAAGAAGAGGAAGGGGCUCAGCAAUUAUGCUGUUCAGUCCUUCACCUUCACCCCUGCAGUCACUUUCCAAAGAGGAGAUGGAGGACUAAUGAGCAAUGGAAGUCGACCAGGUCUGUUGAAUGCAAGUGACCCCAGUUAUCCUUGGCUUGCAGACUCUUGGCCUGCCACAAGUCUGCCGGUAAACAACAGCACUAGCGGACCCAAUGACCUUGGAAAUUUUGGUCGUGGAGAUGUGCUGCCACCAGUGCCAGGGCAAGGAGAUAAAACCGCUACAAUGCUUUCGGAUGGAGCCAUUUACAGCAGCAUUGACUUCACCACCAAAACUAGUUACAACAGUUCCAGCCAAAUAACGCAAGCUACACCAUAUGCCACCACCCAGAUACUGCACUCCAACAGCAUCCAUGAGUUGGCAGUCGACUUACCUGAUCCUCAGUGGAAAAGCUCAAUUCAGCAAAAAAAUGACCUGAUGGGAUUCGGUUACUCGCUCCCAGACCAAGGCAAAGGCAACAACGCUUUGCUUUACAUCCCUGACUACCGCGUGGCUGAGGGCUUGGCUAAUAGAUUGCCACACAACCAGUCGCAGGAUUUCAGCACCACCAGCUCCCACAACAGCUCCGAAAGGAGUGGCAGCCUCUCAGGUGGCAAAGGAGGGAAAAAGAAGAAAAACAAAAAUACUGCCAAGCCCCAGAAAAAUAAUGGUUCAAACUGGGCCAAUGUUCCCCUCCCACCCCCUCCCGUGCAGCCGCUUCCAGGCACAGAGCUGGAACACUAUGGGGUGGAUCAGCAAGAAGCAGGAUAUGACAGUGAUGGUUGGUGUCCACCUUUGCCAGUUCAGACCUACUUACAUCAGGGCAUGGAGGAUGAGCUUGAAGAAGACGAUGAUCGCGUUCCCACACCUCCUGUCCGAGGGGUAGCUUCGUCACCUGCAAUCUCCUUUGGCCAACAGUCAACUGCAACUCUCACGCCUUCUCCACGAGAGGAGAUGCAGCCAAUGCUUCAAGCCCACCUUGAUGAAUUAACUAGGGCUUACCAGUUUGAUAUAGCAAAGCAGACAUGGCACAUCCAAAGCAAUACACAACCUCCUCAGGCUCCCAUUCCACCUCUAGGAUAUGUAUCUGGAAACAUUAUUUCGGAUUUGGAAACAGAUGUUCCAGAUGAUGAUGAGGACGAUAUUGAAGAGGAAGCUGUAGAAAUCACUAGGCCACUAAGAGGUCUAGAGCAUACUCCAGGCUCCAGUAUGGACAAUCUAGACAGCUCUGUGACAGGUUCAAUGGUAAAUGGAUGGGGUUCUGCGUCUGAUGAGGACCGUAACUUUUCUAGUCAUAGAUCUAGUGUAGGUAGCUCCUCAGAUGACUCGAUCUUUACCAGCGGCAGUUUUGCACAAGCACUGGUUGCAGCAGCAGAUAAAGCUGGUUUUAGGCUGGAUGGAACCAGCCUGACAAGAACAGGCAAAGCAUACCCUUCCUCUCAGAGACCUCGGCCAAGCAGCCCAUUUUCUACCGACAGCAACACCAGUGCGGCUGUCAAUCAGAGUCAGAGGCCUAGGCCUACUAAAAAACACAAGGGAGGCCGAUUGGACCAACCCCCCUUGCCCCACCGUAGGGAGGGGAUAACGGACGAUCUUCCACCACCACCCGACCCGCCCCCUGGUCAGGGUUUAAGGCAGCAAAUAGGCCCUGGCCAACGUGGAGGCUCGGCAGAGAGGAAAGGAAGCUCUCUUGAGAGGCAGCAAACAUCGAACAUAGAUGAAACAAAGAGCUCAUUGGAUCGUCAAGCUAGAACAUCAUUAGAGUGGCAGCGACAAACCCAGGAAUGGAUAAGCUCUACAGAACGACCAGAAGAUAUAAGGAAAGCCCAACACAAACAAGCAUUCGAAUCAGAAGAGGCACUGGUACCUUAUAGUAAACCCAACUUCCCAUCCCCUGGUGGCCACAGCUCUUCAGGAACAGCUUCUUCUAAAGGAUCAACCGGACCUAGAAAAGAGUAGUUGAGAAGACACAUUGCAAGCUGCUCUGACGGACCAUCAGGUCUGAACUCAUGGAAGUGAUGACACUAAACAGUGCAAUGAACAUUUUCUUUAUUUAUGUACUAUUAAAAGAACUGUAAAUGCAAUGUAAAGACACACAGCCACACAUAUCCCACAGAUACUUUACUUGUGUUCUUCUCUUUAAUACA